AUGGAUAACACAAUUGGGGUUAGCACCUCGAACGAUAUCAUCUCUAAACAGAUCCCAGUCGGAUCGACGGAGACAGAUGACGAUGUGCAGACCAAGCAGAUGAAGGAGAAUCUUCAAAAGUAUGAGCAAUUGUUCGGAGCGGAUGAAGAUGCGUUUGAACAACCAACUACGACGAGGAAAGAGUUAUGGUCAUACUACCUAUACUAUAACGGAGACAACGGCGUUGGUCCCAAUUCAUACGCUCCAGCCCUGUUUCAAUAUGUCUUGACCAAGGCCGGGUGGGAUCCAGAUAUUCGACCAAUCCAGAAAGGCAAUUGUGGAAAUGCUGGUUGUGUGAUUGCUUGGGGAUCGGGGACUCGGUCGGUAGCAAGUGUUGUUCUUAUUGCGAACGGCAUAUGUUUCGCUGUCAUGACGGUCAUGUUUGUAGGAUUAGGAUCCGCAGCUGAUUAUGGCAGCUUUGGACGUUGGCUACUUCUUGUAUUGACCGCGAUUUGCUGGGUCUUUCAGUACGCUAUGAUGUCGAUCCGGAAUGCUGAGCAGUGGCCCACCGCCAUGGUGUUUUUCAUAAUUUCAUACAUUGCAUAUGGUGCAACAUUGGUCUUCUAUGCUGCUAUAUUUCCUAGACUAGCUCGAUACAUGCCUCACGUUCGAAAAGCCAGAGAUGAAGAUCUCAAGGAGGGAAAGAUUACCCAGGCAGAAUAUGACAAUAUCGAGAGUUUAGAGAGGAACCAUGUCAGCAGUAUUUCGACAGCGCACUCAAACAUCGGCUAUCUCCUUACGCUUGUCAUCAACCUCUCCGUUUUACUUCCACUGCAGGGCAAUCCAUUCGGGAACAAUCUUGCGUUAUGUUUGACCAAUUCCUGCAAUACUAUAGAUUGGGUCGUUCUCGGAAUCUGGUGGUUCAUCUUCCAGCAGCCCAGACCGGGCCCCAAAAUGCCCAAAGGUAGCAAUUAUGCCACUAUCGGAUGGAAACAAGUAUGGCUAGCAUCGAAGGAAAUCAGACAUCUUCCACAAACAUUCAUUUAUCUGGUCGCAUUCUUCUUCUUGGCUGAUGGGCUCAAUACGACCGGAUCACUCAUCGGAGUCAUUCAAAACAACAUCGUAUCCUUCUCCUUCCUCGAGAUCACCUACCUAGGUCUCUCACAAGCUGCAACAUCCACCGCGUCGACUUUCGGAUUCUGGUAUAUCCAAAGAUAUUUCAAUAUCAAGACGAAACACAUGUUUAUGGUGACGAACUUCUUUUCAGUCUUCCUUGCAUUCUAUGGAAUGCUUGGAUUGUGGACUACGAAAGUAGGAUAUCAUCAUGUUCGCGACUUCUGGAUUUACAAUAUCAUUUUCGGUCUUUUUCAAGCACCUUACUAUGCUUAUGCACAGACCAUGAUGUCUGAGGUCACCCCCAGAGGUUACGAGAACAUGUUUUUCGGCUUGUUUGGCAUCACAAAUCGUGCUUCAAGUAUCAUUGGGCCAAAUGUGGUUCAAGCAAUUAUCAACAAUACGAACAACAAUUGGAUGGGUUUUCCAUUCUUGUUUGCUCUGUGUACUGCGGCAAGUAUUGUGAUAUGGUUCGUGGAUGUCGAGAAAGGCAGAGAAAAUUGCAGGAAGUAUGUUGAGGAGAGGAAAUUGCUCCGAGUUGCAAAAGAAUCGGGUCUCACCACAGAUCAAGUUGUGGAGGGAGUGGCUACUGGUGAACUCGUUGCUGAGAGCGGUGACAGCAUCAACUCGGUGAGCCAUGUAGGCGUUGAAGGAUCUGCAAAAGGCCAUUUUGAUUAG